AUGACAUUGAUUGCUACUGAGAGAAAUAUAUUUCCGCAAAGCUAUCGUGGCCGCUUGACUGAGGGUGUUACGUAUGACUAUCGCAACAAUAAUUUGUUAUGGAUUGAUAUCAUUCAAGGUGAGGUACAUCGUCUCCUGUUGGAUGAUCUUAACCAGCACCAAGUUUUGAAAUGGUCUGACUCAAAAGAGUCAAUUGGAUUCAUUGCUCUCACAAAGAAGGAAGAUGUAGUGUUGGUGGCUGCCAAAUCAGGUUUAGCAUUGGGUGAUUUCAACAAGGGUACAUUAACGUACUUUUUCAAGUAUCCAUUCACAGAGUUGGAAAAGAUUAGAUUGAGAUCAAAUGAUGGAAUUAUAGAUCCUUGGGGUAACCUUUGGAUUGGGGUAAUGACAGAUUUUCCAAUCAGUGCCAAGGAAGGUGUGCAACCAGAAGGGAAAUUGUUUCGAAUUACUUCUGAUUUAGAAAUUGACGUCAUGUUGGAAAACACCAAAAUCUCCAAUGGUAUGGCUUUUAAUGAUGAUGGGAAUGAAGUAUACUGGACUGAUUCUUUAAACUUUACUAUCUACAAAUUCAACUACGAUCAUAAAACAAAUAAAUUGACCAACAAGACGGCAUUUAUUGAAACUAAAAAAGUAUACCCUGAUGAAAAUGAUCCUGAACCUGAUGGGUUGGUUCGUACAGUUAAUGGGGACAUUUACUCUGCUGUUUUUUCAACAUCCACCAUUUUACAUGUCAAUGACAAGGGACAAAUGUUGGAAAAGAUUAAAAUCCCAGCUAAAAGAUGUACUUGUGUAACCAUGGGCGGUCCCGAUGAUGAUGAUUUAUAUGUAACUACUGGCCAUUUGAAACUUGAUGAUUUUGAUGCUAAAAUUGAUGCAGACGAUAUGUUUGGUGAUCUUGGUGGAUUCUUGUUCAAAUUGAAAGUGGGGCAAAGGGGUCAAAAAAAGAACAUCUGGGGUGGAAAUGUAUAG